AUGGAGAACCCAAGCUCCUUGGCUGACCUCUCCACUUUGGUGGAGCGGACUCUACUUGACACUGGUCGACUAUUUCGAAAGUCAGGGUCUAUGCCUACAAGUUCACAGUUACAGCGAUCAAUUCCAUCAUAUUAUGAGAGCUUCCAAGAGGCUUUAGAUAAUCUGUCGGAACAGAUUUUCAUCGCUAAAGCGUUCUUGGAAAAGGACUACGAGGCGAUCAAGGCUCGCGAAUCCGUGUCGGUCACGGAAGAUGUGGCUAUGGGUGACGUAGAUGAGAAGACGGUGCAGGACAUCCAACCUCAACCUGUGGACGUGAAGAUGGAAAUCGGCACAGAGCCGGGGGUCAAAGCCAAGACUGAAGAUGAGCCGCCGGUUGCCACCAAACCCAUCCCUGGGCCGCAGCCCAGUCAGGAUGCAGUGGUGAAAGAGGAAAAUCAAACCAGUAACGAGCCGAUGGGGCAAGGAUUCGGCGAUGCCGAUGGUAUCAACUUUGAUUCAGUCCUUAAUGAGAAUGGCGGGUCCAGUUCCUUUCAACUCAGCCUGGACUUUGGCGACGAUGAUAUGGGGAAUCAAGCUUUCCUUUCUGGGACGGCAUUCGGGACUAGCGCGCCCGGGGAAACUCCCGGCACUUCCCAGCCGGAGAAUUCUGCAGCCAUGGCCCCUGCUGGCGGGGGUGCAUUCGACAUGGAACUCCAGAAGAGUGAAGGCGAACCCCAGACUUUCCCUGACCAAGGCAAUGCGAUGGAUGAUCUGAUGGGACCCGGAGAAUCUAGCUUUGAUGAUUUAUUCAUGGAGACCGAGAAUAUUGACGAUGGUACCGGGGAUCUCAACCAGCUGGAAGGUGAUAGCUUGAUGAAUCUCAACGAGCUAGAGGAUAAUUGGUUUAGUUAG